UCUCUGCAAAUGAAUGAGAAUAAUUGCAGGAGUGAGAUAACUUCACUGUAUCAACUUUUUGUUUUGGUAAAAAAUUCUUUAUCAAGAAUGACAAAAAUCCACGUAUACGGUAUACCUCACCUGUGCCCGAACUCAAAAAACUCAGAGAGGACUCUUGGUUAUCGGUAAAAAGAAAAUAACUUGAGACGCCCGGUUUAGCUCUCCACUGAUUAUCUUGUCCUCAAAACUAUGGAUCCUUCCUCCUCGGCGGCGAUUGCGCGGCAGACAUGGGAGCUGGAGAACAACAUAGUGGCAACCGACUCAUCCUCCGCCGCGUCGGACUCCAUUUUCUUCUAUGACGAGGCGGCGCAGGCCAAGUUCCAGCAGGAGAAGCCGUGGGCCAAUGACCCCCACUACUUCAAGCGCGUCAAGAUCUCAGCACUCGCGCUAUUGAAGAUGGUGGUCCAUGCUCGCUCCGGCGGCACAAUUGAGGUCAUGGGCCUCAUGCAGGGGAAGACUGAUCGGGAUGCGAUUAUUGUAAUGGACGCUUUUGCCCUCCCUGUUGAAGGCACUGAAACUAGGGUUAAUGCUCAGGCCGAUGCGUAUGAGUAUAUGGUGGAUUAUUCGCAGACUAAUAAGCAGGCGGGUAGGUUGGAGAAUGUAGUUGGGUGGUAUCAUUCCCAUCCUGGUUACGGAUGUUGGCUUUCUGGUAUAGAUGUUUCCACACAAAUGCUUAACCAGCAAUAUCAAGAGCCCUUUCUAGCAGUUGUUAUUGAUCCAACAAGGACUGUCUCUGCUGGAAAAGUAGAGAUUGGUGCUUUCAGAACAUAUCCUGAAGGCUACAAGCCUCCAGAUGAGCCUGUCUCUGAGUACCAGACAAUACCCUUGAACAAAAUUGAAGACUUUGGCGUGCAUUGUAAACAGUACUAUGCAUUGGAUAUCACAUAUUUCAAGUCAUCUCUUGAUUGUCACCUCUUGGAUUUACUCUGGAACAAGUAUUGGGUCAACACCCUUUCUUCUUCUCCUUUGCUUGGUAAUGGAGAUUAUGUUGCUGGUCAAAUCUCAGAUUUAGCUGAGAAAAUAGAGCAAGCUGAAAAUCAAUUGGCACAUUCACGCUUUGGGUCCUUGAUAGGAGGUCCUCUGAGGAAGAAAGAGGAAGAAUCGCAACUCACCAAGAUUACGCGUGAUAGUGCAAAGAUAACUGUUGAGCAGGUUCAUGGUUUGAUGUCACAGGUCAUUAAGGAUAUCCUAUUCAAUUCUGUUCGGCAGUCCAAUGGAUCUCGGGCCAACUUGUCUGGUCCUGAACCCAUGGUCGAGGCCUGAGUUGAUGACUUAUUAAGAGUGUCCUACAUAUUGUGGCCAUGUGCUCCUCUCACUUGACUCAGUUUCUUUAGGCUUGUCAAAAGAUGACCCCGUGGUGCCGUCAGUUACCAAAGGUCUUCCAUCAGUGUUCUUUUGAAUGUAUUAGUAAAUUUGUUUAUUCUCUUCUAUAAUUGUUCUAUCUAAACCGUGGUGGAGAGCCUGCAAUCUUUACCUAUAUAUUGAUGGUGAGAAUCAAAUCAAAUGACAAUGACUUGAGAUCGUGUUGUUGUAUGUCAAAUAAUAAAAAAAAUGUGUUAUAGCCCUAAAUAAAUGGGUUUAAAACCA